UCAGUUCAUGGAAAAGCAGUAAUUGUAAGAUCUGUUUCAGUUACUACUUCAUAUUGUCACAAUGUAGUUAUGAUAAUGGGAAAGCUGUCUUUGUGCUUAAGCUCCAUAUCAUGAAGACAUUGAAGGAGAGGAGUGGAAGUAAAACUUCACUCAUUCUUGACUUUGAUAUUAGAUGGAGAUGAGUGAUCCUUCUUAUGCUGUGCCUGCUUAACCACUCAGGAAAGAACCCCUAUUAUUUCCCAUUUUAUAGGAAGCUGCCUGGGCCUCACCGCUGGUGAAGACAUGAUGGUAAAGACCAGAAUCACUAUUCUUCCUGAGAAUCAAACUCUAUUCAAUCAGCCAAAUUUCUGAAGUAAAAUACAGCAUCAAAUAUGUCUGAUCCCUUCAUGUUUCAGAAUGAAAUGUUCUGCUGAGCAUUCUGUCUUCCUUGCUUUUGUUCAGUAAUUAUGCUGCGCUAUUAUAUGGUGAUUUUAAAUGAAACAUGGGGUGAUGUUAUGAAUCGCAGUCCUACACUCAUUAUUCUAAGAAUUCUUAGCAAUAUAACUACUGAGUCAGUUUUUAUAGCAGUAACAGACUGGACUUGUAUUUGGGAGGUACCUGUUUAUAAUUUUUGAUGGGCUACUGACUAACUGAAAUGAGGUCUCCUUCAGUUUCUCCAGUGCUUGCACAACUCAUGACCAUCUUCUUACCCGCCUCCAUUACUGAUGUUGGACGACCACGCGUAGUGCUAUCAUUACUUCCAGCACAAUAAACAAACGACUAGUGUUGAAGGGCAUGUUGUCAUUGUGCUUUCCCGAGUCCCCACCAGAUGUUCGUAUUGUAAGCAAAUUCCAGUUUUUCCAACUUGGGCGCCGUGUUAGUUAUGCGUGGUGACCCGUUUUAAUUUGACUGCCCCUUAUACACCAAAGAAUGCCUACUUUCGGCAAGGUAAAAUUUCAUCACAUUACUGGAACAGUGUGAGAUUUUUUAAAUACCCAUUUACAUGGAAUAUAGGAUGUAGCAGAAAUUUCAAACAUCUACCCUGAUUUCCUAACCUAUGGCAACUAGACUUUUACUUAUGGGGAAGUGUGUGCCUGUGUGCCAGAAAGCCCACUGGAGGACCUGAAGACUUGAGAGUGAAUUUGUCUGUAUGUCUGUUUCUCCAGUAGUAUGCCUACAAGUUGGUCUGUCUAACAUACCUCACUGUCAGCAGAGCAUCAGUGUUGAUGGUGGGCAUUUUGAACAGUUCAGAAUAGUAGACAUUUUACCUUUUUAGUGUUAAGGAAUAAUGAAUAAUAUAAAUACAUUUUUUGGUACACUCUGUUGUUGUGAUCAUGGAUGUAAUUUAUUGCACAGAUUUGCGUUUAAAUAUUUUAAUGUGGUUUUUGAGCAUGAUCAUAACACAAAUACUGCAUGAAUCAAAUUCAUCCAUUGCAUUUGAUUGUUCCUUUUUGUCUUCUCUCUGUCUCUCUCUCUCUGUGUGGGCUUAAUAGGUCUCCAUCUUGGCCAGUGUGGAUGCCUCAGUUACCCCCCAUUCUUUCUCCCACUACCCACAGAGAGGUCCCUACCUCACGCACCACAUUUGUCAUGGAUACCUCCUGGAGUCGAUUCUUGUCAUGCAAGAGUCCCAUGACUUCUCGAUCAAAACAGAAUAAUGUAGGUGACUCAUCUUUGAGGAGUCUCAUAUCCCCUUCAUUGGCAGAUGUGUUCCUGAAGCUUCCUCCUCCAGCAUUUUAUGCCAACUACUCUUCUGCCAGUGGCACUGUAACUCCCUCCAUCACAGCUUAUAUACCACCAGGAACUCCACUUCACUUCCCACCCUGGGGUUCACCUCUCCUUACUCCUAUGCUUCCUCCUCUGCAGGCGUGCUCCAUGAACACAAUCGUAGCUCCCGAAGAGGCAGGUCAGCAAAUUCAUUCUUCAGCAAGAACCACAGACACAGAAAUUCAAGUUCUGAAUCAGAAUUAAGUGAGACUGGAUCACUUGACCGAGCAAUGACAACCCUGGAGAGACGCAGGAAAGCAGCCAUAGAGGGUGCACCACAGGCACCUGUUGAAGUGACAAGAUUGUUCCCAGAGAGCGUUAUCGAUGAAAUCUUGAGAUCCGUCAAUUUAGAAGAAGACGAAUCAGGUACCAGUACCAUAACGUCAUCAUGGAAAGAUGGUGGAUUUCUUAGUUUAUUUAAUUGCUUUAAUGUCAAUAAAAUAAUCGCAUGAAAGGUGCAUUGUACAUAUAUACACAUCUUUGGCAUAGUUUUCUGUCGUUCAAUAUAACAGUUCUCACAGUGGCCCCAGAAGCACGUCUGUGCCUUGAUUGUUUAAUAAUAAAGUUUUGUUAAUUACCAAAGCUGAAACAAAAAUAUUAUAUUACACGAUAUUUUUUAAAAUUGACCCCUCUCUCAAAACUUGCCAGAUUUCUGACUGUUGGAUAUGAAGUUCAGUAUGUUAAUACCAAAAGAUUCUGUUGGACAUGAACCUGAGCCAGUUCCACCCAUCUCUGAUUGCCACAACGUAUUGGCAUUUCUCCGAUCAUCUUAAUGUUAUCCUUAUAUCUUCUUUGUUUGUCGUACUUUAUUUUAGUAGCUCAUCCAUG